AUGGGUCUCCGGUUCUGGGAGACGUCCAGCUCAACGCCGGCUCCGGCUCCGGCCCCGGCGCCGGGCGAGGCCGCCGGCGGCGCUUACGCAUCCGAUAGCUCAUCGGACAUUGUGUACGACGGAGACCUCGCCUUCACUCGUGUAAAGGGAGGGAAUGGCUCCGAGGCCACCUACCAAGAAGCCGUCGGCGCCCCGGUCGAGCGAAACUCCCCCCUAGGAUACCACGUGGGAUGGGUCACCAUCAUCUUCCUCAAUGUCAACCAGAUGAUUGGCACGGGAAUCUUCUCAACGCCGGGAAACAUCCUCAAGGCCACUGGCUCCGUCGGCCUGGCCCUGAUAUACUGGACCAUCGGCGCCAUCAUGGCCUUUGCCGGCUUCGGGACCUAUCUCGAACUGGCCAGCUAUUUCCCCAACCGCAGCGGAUCCGAAGUCGUCUACCUCGAGCAGGCAUACCCGCGGCCCAAGUACUUCUUCCCCAUCGCCUUCGCCGUCCAGUCCGUGAUUCUGUCCUUCAGCAGCAGCAACGCCAUCGUGCUGUCGCGAUAUGUCUGGCGGAUCGCGGGCAGGACCCCGUCCGACUGGCAAAUGAAGGGGGUCGCCAUCGCGGCAUACACCCUCGCCGUCAUCUGCGUCGUUGCGCACAACAAGUAUUCCCUGUGGGCAGUCAACAUACUCGGCGUCCUCAAGGUGCUCACCCUCGUCUUCAUCAGCAUCACCGGCCUGGUCGUCCUCGGCGGCCACGUAUCCCGGGUACCAAACCCCGGCGCCAACUUUGACAACGCGUUCCAGGGCACCACCACCAACGGAAACGACUUGUCCACCGCGCUGGUCAGCAUCGUCUUCUCGUUCAGCGGCUUCUCCAACGCCUUCAACGUCGUCAACGAGAUCAAGAACCCGAUCCCGUCCAUCAAGAAGCACGGCUUUGCCUCCGUCUUGAUCGUGGCGAUUCUGUACAUCCUCUGCAACGUCGCCUACUUUGCUGCCGUGGACAAGACCCAGUUCGCAACGUCCAAGGAAAUCGCGGCCAGUGUCUUCUUCACGACCGUCUUCGGCACGGGCGGUGCGGAAACGGCGCUCAAUGUGCUCGUUCUGCUGAGUGCCUAUGGCAACCUCUUGGCUGUGCUGGUUGGCCAGUCUCGCAUGAUCCGCGAAAUCGGCCGACAGGGCGUGCUGCCGUUCACCAACUUCUGGGUGGCGACGAAGCCCUUUGGCACACCGGUCGGCCCUUACCUGCUCAAGUGGCUCAUGACGUUUGUCAUGAUUGCGGCGCCGCCCGCCGGCGAUGCGUUUCAGUUCGUGGUUAGUUUGAAGACGUACCCCGAGGCCAUGUUUGGCUUGGCAAUGACUCUGGGCGUCUUUAUCAUUCGGCGGCGUCGAAGCCGCAACAAGCUGCCGAGAUCGCAGUUUCGGGUUUGGGACGUGCUCUUGGUGUUUUACAACUUGAUUCAGGUGUUCCUCCUGGUGAUGCCCUGGUGGCCACCCAAGGGAGGGCCGUAUGCCGGCGAUGUGAGCUUUUGGUACGCUACGUACUGCGUGGCCGGGAUUGGCGUCAUGAUUAUAUGUGGAUUGUACUAUGUGGCGUGGAUGUAUGCUAUCCCCAAGUGGAGGGGAUAUCGCGUUCGCGCCGAGGUUACGCAUGCUGAAGAUGAUGGCGUUCUCUCACAUAAACUUGUCAAAGUACCGCUUGCCAACAUAGAGCAAUGGGAUGCUGAGCAUGAUGAGUCUGGCCAGCUGAGGGUGAGGCGAGUCACUGUCAGAGAUGAAAAAAGUGAGGCAUCUGAUGUGUGA